AUGCUCGAAUGGUAUCACUCGAUUUCACUCGGUGAAUUACUUUCUCUUCGUCAUUCUUAUCCUGGUAGUGCAGCGCAGCUCGUCUUCGGAAAUACUGCUGUUCAAAUCGAAACAAAAUUCAAACUAAUGCAGCAUCAUCGUGUUAUUUCAAUAACACAUAUUGAUGAAUUACAACAACUAAAAAGAAUAUCAAAUUCAUUUAGCAUUAAUGCUGAUGUUACAUCCACACGCUUACAAUCAAAAUUUUAUGAAGGAAAGAACGAAGUGAACAGUGGUGGUGGUAUUUGUGAAGCGCUAAUGGAUCAACUGAAACGCUUCCCAUCGCCGCAAACACAAAAUGUUGCUUCCUUCAGCGGUAGUAUUGUCAAUGCUUCGCCAAUGUAG